AACGCAACUAAUUCGUACGAUUCAUUGAUGAAUUAUUUGAACAAUAUGUUUAAAUAGUAGAAACAUAUAUAUAUAUAUUAUAGUGCAUAAUUUAAUAGAAAUUAAAAUCACGAGCGAUGAUAUCAUUCCAAUAAUUUUGUAAAAAAUGAUCACCAACUAAGCACAUAUAUAAAUUAAGCAAUGAACGUAGGAAGUUUCGCGGAAUCGGAAAGGAUCCGACUGACAAAAUUCGAUGAACAUUGUUGGAUGGCUUAAAAGGAAAAGCUAGUAGAAUGAAAUCACGAGCGUGAUCUUGAACAACAGGCAAAUGGCUUUAUCGCUUUGACAGCAUAGUAUCACGUGUCUGUGUACGUGUCUGAAAGACUAAAAACUCAAAAAAGCGUGGUAUUUCAUUUAUUAAACGAACAUUCACGACGAUGAAAAGGGAAAUAUAGACAAAGGAGGGAAGGCAGUGUUUUGAGUGGCCCAUUUCCCUUAUCACGAUAAAACGACAUAGCUAUAACGGUAGUACUUUAAAAACGAUACGACAAAACACGAAGUAAGUACACGGCUAGCAAGCUUAGAAUCAUCUUUCGGUGAGUCAUUUUUACCGAUCAGUACGAUCAGUCUGCUCGUGGAUUGUAACCGCGAUGGAUCGAACAACCGUGAGAUCGCCACCGUCUUCAUCGUUAUCAUUGUCAUCGUGGUCAUCGUCGUCGAGUAUGCCUCUUUGAUUGAAAAGUAGGGAUAGAACUCGAGAUCAGUCUCUCGAGGAAAAUGGACGUGGAACUGGUUACUCGUGCAUCCUUGAAUUCUCUGAACAAUGUGGAUGAUGGCCGGAUCGUUUCACCGAAUAAGCUUGAUGACUGGACCUGGUCUAACUUGCGAACACAAUUCAAAUACAAAAACCUAGAGAAGCUGUUCACGGUUUACCAAAGGAGGAUUCAGUAUGGUUAUCUAUCGCUUUUUGUUCUCUUGCAAUUGGCCCUCGGAUUCACAUAUUGCUUGAUUCUGAUAACAAUGGUCAACAUUGAGAACUGCGUACCGGAUGUGGUGAUCAGCACUUUAGUGAGCGCGUUAUUCUGUCCAGUGAUUGCACUUUCGUUCAAGUCAAAGAUCAUUAUUAGAAACACUUACCUAUCGGUCAUACUAUCCUGUCUGAUCGUGGUAUUAUUAGCAAUUGGGGACUUGGCUGUCCCCUUCUAUUACACUCUAUACAACGAUGAAGCACCACCGAUAAGACCUGCAUACGCGACUCACGCGCUCUUGGCAUGUUAUGUCUUUCUACCUCUCACGAAAAAUUUACAUGCUCUCAUACUCGGAAUUACGACUACUACAUGCUACUUAGUCGCUUUAUCGUUAAUCACUUAUAGAAAUUCAUUCGAUUUUAGUACGAAGAUCAUUACGGACACGAUAUAUUUUGUUUGUGUGAAUGGUUUGGGACUCUAUUUUAGAUUCAUGAAUGAAAUUGUUACAAGACGAUCAUUUCUCGAUCAUCGAAAAUGUGUGGAAUCAACAUUGCGAUUGAAUUAUGAGAAAGAUCAAGAAGAACAACUUACACGAAGUAUAUUACCACAACAUAUAGCUGCGAAGAUAAAGAAAGAAUUUAGAGAUAUAUUUAAAUUUUUAGAAGAGCACAAAAAACCUCCCAAACCAUCUAGUGACUUAUGCGUCGAAACCCAUAAUAAUGUAAGCAUUUUAUAUGCCGAUGUUGUGAAUUUUUCUGGAUUGACUGUGACAUUGCCAGUGCGGAAACUAGUAGAGACAUUGAAUGAUUUAUUUGGUAGUUUUGACGAAGCUUCCGAAAGGCACAAUGUUCUGCGUAUCAAAUUUUUAGGUGACUGUUAUUAUUGUGUAAGUGGAGUACCGACACCAAAUUCUCAACAUGCGAAAAGUUGUGUGGAUUUAGGACUUGAUAUGAUAAAGAUAAUUAAAGAUGUAAGAGCAAAAGUACGACGUGAAAGUGGUGUAGAUGUAAAUAUGAGGAUAGGAGUUCACUCGGGCAAUAUAAUAUCAGGAAUUCUAGGUGUGAGCAAAUGGCAGUAUGAUGUUUGGUCACGCGAUGUUGUUAUAGCUAAUAAAAUGGAGCAAACAGGGAAACCCGGCAAAGUUCAUAUUACGCAGCAAACAUUGGAUCUCGUAGAUGCCAACGAAUAUGAUUGCGUUCCGGUGGAUUCUUUGAAUGAUGAGGUUCUCAAAAAAUAUGGGAUUCGAAGUUAUCUUAUUACACCUUCGAUCCCCGACGAUUUCGAAUCUCCGACUAUGCAGAACAGCGAGAACACCUUGACAGUCAUGACUCCGUCCCCUGAAACCUCUCCACUAUCUAAUACGCAUUAUGUGAAAUUCUAUGUACGGUCCAGUACCAGUAUGACUCCCAGUGCGAGAAACAGUAGACGACUUACUGCCACUAUAAGUAAUCAUGUUGGUGUAUUCACCAACACAUGUAGACGACGUACACAUUUUAUGGAUUCCUGUUUGCGAGAUUAUCAUCUAAUGCUUAAAACUGCAGAUGCAGAGAUGGAACAUGCUAUUAAAAAAAUGCCUUUAACUAAAUGGAAACAAUGGUGCAAUUGGAAAGAUAUGAAUCCAUUAUUUUUAACAUUUCAACAAUGGAGUUGGGAAAUACCGUUUUUAAAGCAACCUGAUCCACUUUUUAAAUUUUAUAUUAGUUGUGCUCUUUUUGUCUUAAUUUUUAUGGGACUCAUAUAUCUGGUACCUACAUUUUCUCUUUCCAAAUGGCAUUUGAGCACAACGAUUAGUUAUUCUGCAACAAUGUUAUUUUUAAUCGCUUUAAUGCCAAUAGCUUGGAUGCAUUUCGCAUGGAACCGAUAUAAAGAUCCGCAUGAUGAACAUGAAGGGCAGGUUCCGCAUCCUCGAAAUAAGUUAUUAUGUUUCUUAUAUCAAACUAGCAUAAAGGUUGUUUGGAGUGCAUUUCUCAGAACAGUUUUGUAUUUGGUAAUAACGUUAAUGUUAGCAGCGUGUGCCAUGUUUGAUAUGAUUUUUGAAUGUAAAAAUGUUAAUGAGCUUACAAGUAAUAAUGUAACAUUCAGUGUAGUAGAACCUGGCACUUCGAAAAUUGAUUGCAUAGCUACACCCUGGGUAAGAUUGUUUACAAAUGACACAAACUUGCUCCUUGGCUAUUUUGACGAGUUUUCUGUUUUUAAGACUCCAUUAUAUCUUAAAAUUAGUAAUAGGCAUCGUAAUAGUCGUAUUUUAUUCAUGGAAUGUUUGGAUAUAUCGUUCAAAUUUAUUUCAGGCGACAGAUGGAAUCCAUAUUUAGAACCAAGACUGGCUCACAUUUUAAGCAUAGUUUUUCUUACUUUUUCUUUGCAUCUAAUAGAUCGUCAGGCAGAAUAUUUGAAUAGAUUAGAUUACUUAUGGAAACGUCAAUUAACCAAAGAACAAGAUGAAGCAUUCCAUACAAGAAAUGCUAAUAAAUUUUUACUUCGUAAUAUUUUACCAGAACAUGUUGCGGAGUUCUACUUGAAUAUGAAUAGAACAGUAGAAAAUGAGCCCUAUCAUGAAGCUCAUAGUAACGUUGCUGUAAUGUUUGCUUCAUUAACGGAUGUAUCCAUCGAUGAAAGCAAUACUUUGGCAGUCUUAAAUGAGAUUAUAUGUGAAUUUGACAAAUUGCUAUUUGAGCCAUAUUUCAAUCGAAUUGAAAAAAUUAAAAUUGCUGGCACUACUUAUAUGGCAGCUUGUGGAUUAGAAGCUAGUCGACGCGAUUCAAUGCGUAGCCCAGAAAACAAGGAAAAUAUUAGUGAUAACGUGGUAAAAGUGAUGGCUCAAUUUGCAGUCGAAAUGAUAGCAGUCCUAGAUAAAUUGAAAAUGAGAACCUUUUACACAUCUAAACCUUACAGAUUGAGAAUUGGAAUAUCACAUGGUGAAGUUACAGCAGGAGUAGUAGGUGCUCAAAAACCGUUAUAUGAUAUCUGGGGCGAUGCUGUGAACAUGGCGUCGAGAAUGGAUACAACAGGUGUUCCAGGAAAAAUACAGAUUACAGCAGAAACUGCGGCUGUUCUUGAACAACAAGGUGUCAAGUGCCAUCUUCGAGGAGAUACGUAUGUCAAACCGAAAGGUUUAGUCACAACGUAUUUUAUUGGUAUCGACGAUAAUCGACAACUUCAAAGAACAGAUUCUAUCGAGGAAACCAGUCUGUGAUGGAAAUACUAAAUUGAUCUUUAAUUAUUCAAUUAUUUCAUCGUAAAUCGAAUUGACUGGAAGAUUAUGUGAAAAAUGAGAUAAUAAAUAUCUAAAUGAACGCACAGAGAGAUAGGAAAAAACCAAAGAAAAUCUAAAAAACCAAAGAAAUUAAAAAAAAUAACGCAAUCAAUGAUUGCAUCAUUAUGGAAUACCUCAAAUUAUUAAAUUGAGUUUAUAUGUGAAAUAUGCUUGCAAUCAUAUGCUAUAUAAGCUAAAUUAUCAACAGAAUGAUAUCAUUAAAUUAUAAAUAGAAGAAAUCAAUUUUAGAGAAUUUUUUUUUUUUAUUUUUUAAAAAUUUUAUUCAAUCAGUAUAUAUAAAUGUUAAGAAUAACUUUAUACAUUAAU